GAUGUAUAUCCCUUUCAAAACCGCGCACACAACACCUCCACCACAGUCUCAGGCAGCUGAUUCCAAAGCCUAACAACUUGCAGAGUGAAAAAGUUCGUCCUCAUCUCACUCCUAGCUCACAAUUUCAAAAUUCAGACCCACAGUUAGAGAAUAUUCUUCGCAGUGUGGGUCAAAAAUCAGCCUGCCUCCUUCCAAAUGCUGCUGCACGCUCCCAGCACUUCACCUUUUUGUCUCAGGCACGCAGCAAGUGCAGGAAUUUAUAUUGGAUGUCAUUUACGUAUGACGUAAUCUACUUUUGACGUAAUCGUACGCUUGACUCAGUGACGGCGAGGGCGGCGAAUGGCCGGGCGUGCGCAUGUGCGCUGCCACGAGCCUCCCGCGGGGGCCGGCUGACACGCAGGCGUACUGACGGAAGUGUGGUGAAGAGCCGGGUGGGCACAUGCGUACGGCCGCGGUCCGACUGCAGGGUCCACCGGCUACGCAGGCGCAAUGACGGCAAAAGGGGGUGGAGGGUCGGGCAAGCACGUGCGCGUUGCCGCGACACUCCCAAUCGGGGCCGGCGGCCACGCAGGCGCAGUGACGGGAGUUGUCAGGCGGGGUUGUGGACAGACGCGGUGUCCACUCUUCCACCUCCCCGCCCCACAGUACCUCCCGCCAUGGCCCGCAGCUCCGAGGUGCAGCUGCCGCCGCUCCGCACGCUGGACGACUUUGUCUGUAGCUCGGCCCGCUUCAGCCUGCCGGACUUGAAGGACCCGCUGCGCUGGAACAACCGGGUGAUCAAUAACCUGCUCUACUACCAGACCAAUUAUCUGGCAACCGUCGCCGCCAUUCUCCUGCUGGUCGGGUACAUCGAGCCGCUGAAGACGCUACUGGGAGGGUUGGUGGUCACGCUGCUUUUCCUGGGCUUUGUGUGGUCGGCAGAGAACAAGGCAGCAAUCCGGAGACUACGCAGGAACCACCCGACCCUGUGUCUCUUAGCCGUGCUGCUGGCCAGUUACUGCCUCCUGUCUGUGGUUGGGGGCGUCGCUGUCUUUCUCUUCGGAAUCACCUUCCCCAUGCUCAUAAUUAUAAUCCAUGCUUCCCUGCGCCUCCGGAAUCUGAAGAACAAAAUCGAGAACAAGAUCGAGAGCAUCGGGUUGAAGAGGACACCUAUGGGGAUCCUGUUGGAAGCUCUGGGACAAGAGCAAGAGGCUGGUUCCUAAACGCCAGGAGGAGACAUUGCAGACAGCGAAUCAGGAAGAAAGCUGGGUGUCAUUGCUUUGCUCUCUCAGACUCACUGCCAAUAAUCCAGCAUCUUGUACAUUUCCCUGCUCCCCCACACACUCGCACCUUAUACCUCGCAGUAAACCUGGGUCCAAAGGAGAGGGUGUUGGUUAACCAGCCCACAUCUCCAUCUCCAGUGUCUGUCUUGGUGUCUCUCUGUCCCUGGUUGUUCUCAAGCUCUGCAAAUCUUAUUCCUGGGAUACUCAUGCAUGGCUGAACUAUCUCCCCAUUACUCUGCAUAUAACCUUGUGCUGUAUCUAUGUAAUGGGUUCAAUGUAGAGGCAGCUUUACUCUGUACCUAACCCCAUGAUGUACUUGUCCUGGGAGUGCUUGAUCGCGACGGCGUCCAGGAAUUUUAUUUUCAGCUUAAAAGAGUUGAGGAAGAUUUACUUUCAGUUUUACUUACAGUUUAAAAAGAGUACAGAGGGCUUUACUCUGUAACUAACCCUAUGCUUUCCCUGUCCUGAGAGUAUGCAAUGGGGACAGAGUGGAGAAAGCUUUACUUUGUAUCUAAUGUCAUGGAGGGGGAGGUGAUAAACCGAGGAAUUAAAAAGCCAUCUGCGCAACAAUCCCAGAAAACAAUUAAUUAUGGACCGAGUUCUUGCCUUUUGUUAAAUGACUGAGACUAUGGAUUAUUGAUGGAUCACUGUUUAAAUGGUUUUGGUUCUGUCCAGGCAGGAACUGUUAAACAUUUUUGGUUCUCGAUAAUGUCUGUCAGCCUUAUUCCAGGCAUUGCUUGUCUCUGCAAUGUAUGAGUAUAUGUGUAAUAUUAUAUUUUAUGUAUAUACACCUUGGCAUUAUAUUAAAAGUUAUUCCCUCUAGUGUCAGGACACUAGCAUGUACA